CCCGUAUCUGGCAUUUGCAGAGAAUACGUCCAUAUAGUGCACAGCAUUUAGACAUGUAGAAUACAAUGAAAGGUUCAUACACAUCAACGCGAUAAAAGGAGGCAUAAGUACGAGACGCCGGCUCAGAAAAUUUCAAAUUCAAUAACUCCGUCGGAUCGAAUGCUAGUGCUUUCCUCGAAAAUAAGGAAACAUAACCAAACACAAUUAUGUCAGGGAUCACUGUCCCUUUAUUGCUCCCUCUGCUAUUUGGCUAUUUUUUAACGUCAGGGAAUUGCGCACAUAUUCAAACCUUCACACGGUCCUUAGAGUCUACAUGCGGUUAUGCAGCAUGCCCCACAAUAAGCAAGGAUAAGUUGAAUAUCCAUUUGGUACCACAUACUCAUGACGAUGUUGGAUGGCUGAAAACGGUGGACCAAUAUUACUUUGGGAGUCAAUCCUUAAUCCAAAAGGCAGGAGUGCAGUACAUCCUCGAUACCGUUAUCGAAGAGCUGCUUAAAGAUCCACAAAGAAGGUUUAUUUAUGUGGAAACUGCUUUCCUGUGGAAGUGGUGGUUGCGCCAGAAUGAUGAAGUAAGGCAAAAUGUUAAAACUUUGAUAAAUGAAGGAAGACUCGAAAUUAUUAGUGGGGGAUGGAGCAUGAACGAUGAAGGCUCUACUCAUUAUCACUCUGUUAUCGAUCAGUUCACCUGGGGAUUCAGACGUUUGAACGAUACUUUUGGAACAUGUGCUCGACCUCAUAUAGGAUGGCAAAUUGAUCCUUUUGGACAUUCAAGAGAACAGGCUUCAAUGUUCGCCCAGAUGGGCUUUGAUGGCAUGUUUAUUGGCCGUCUAGAUUACCAGGACAAACUUAAGCGGUUAAGUGAGAAAUCUGCUGAAUUCAUCUGGAAAGCAAGUCCUAGUUUAGGUGGAAAGGCAGAUUUAUUCACAGGUGUCCUGUUUAAUAACUAUUCACCCCCACCAGGCUUUUGCUUUGAUGUGCUCUGUGCCGAUGAGCCAUUAAUCGAUGAUCCUGAUAGCCCUGAUAAUAAUAUUGCUAAAAGAGUGGAGAUAUUUGUGGCUUAUGUACAAAAUCAAUCAAGGUUUUAUAAAACCAAUAAUAUUAUUCUCACAAUGGGUGAAGAUUUUAACUAUCAAAACGCGAAAAUGUGGUUCGUUAAUAUGGAUAUGCUUAUUAGAUAUACCAAUGCUCGGAAUGGAUCAACGGUGAAUGUAUUUUACUCGACACCAUCAUGUUACCUCAAGGCUUUACAUGAUGCUAAUUUGAAAUGGCCAACUAAGACCGAUGAUUUCUUUCCCUACGCGAGUGAUCCUCAUGCAUAUUGGACUGGGUACUUCACUUCUAGACCUACUUUGAAAUUCUUUGAAAGAAUGGGUAACAACCUCUUGCAAGUUUGUAAGCAACUUUCAGUGUUAGCACACUUAGAUUCAAAAGACGAGCAUUUGAGUCAUUUCCGAGAGGCGAUGGGCAUGAUGCAGCAUCACGAUGCAAUAACUGGUACGGAGAAGCAAAAAGUUGCUAGCGAUUAUGCUCGGAUUUUGUAUGCCAGUGUGCAUCAGGCGGAACACCUUAAUUCCGAUGCACUGAGGAAAAUCUUAGCGAAAGAACCUGAACAACCUCCCGUUAAGUUUUAUUCGUGUCUACAAUUAAAUAUAAGCUCUUGCAAGCCAACCGAGGAAAAUAAACAAUUUGUUGUUACCCUUUACAACUCACAAAGUCGUCUUGUGUCGACUUAUGUACGACUACCGGUCCAAGGAAACUCGUACAGUGUUAAAAACUCCACAGGAACGGAAAUAACAUCUCAAAUUGUGCCGAUUCCAGAAACAGUUCUAAAUAUUCCUGGAAGAAAAAGCACUGCCACAAAGGAAUUAGUUUUCUACGCUGAUGAAAUUCCACCCCUUGGCUAUCUGUCAUUUUAUGUUACUGAAAAAGUAAACCAUCAGAACGAUUACAUUAAUGAAGUUCAAUCGGACACAUCCAUUGGAAAUUCUCUGUACGAUGUGAGUGUCACCUCAACUGGUGAAAUCCAGAUUCAAUGGAAAAAUGAGAAGAUGAAACUUGUACAAUCUUAUCAUUACUAUGAAGGAGCUGAAGGUAAUAACAAAAUCUUUGCAAAUCGUUCCUCCGGGGCUUACAUCUUCAGACCAAAAAAACCGGAGAUAAACAAUCUGACAUACAGUGGAUCAUUUAAAAUUUAUAAAGGUCCUCUAGUACAAGAGAUUCAUCAAACAAUAAACGAUUGGGUUAGUCAAGUGUUAAGAAUUUAUAACAUGGGAAAACAAAUCGAAUUUCAUUGGCUCGUUGGACCCAUCCCUGUCGGUGAUAAAAUCGGCAAAGAACUUGUAUCCAGGUACUCUAGUAACCUCAAAUCCGAAGGAACCUUUUAUACAGACAGUAAUGGGCGAGAAAUGAUAAAACGCUUGAGGAAUUAUCGACCAACAUGGCAGGUUAAAUUAGCUGAACCAGUGUCAGGAAAUUAUUACCCCGUAACAUCAAAAAUAUAUCUUGAAGAUCCAAAACAAGGACUCAGACUUAACGUUCUAAAUGACCGAGCACAAGGGGGAACCAGUAUGCAAGAUGGCGAAUUAGAAUUAAUGCUACACAGAAGGUUAUUGAGUGAUGAUGCGUUUGGUGUGGGUGAGGCUCUGAAUGAAGAAGCAUUCGGCAAAGGUUUGGUGGCAAGAGGAACCCAUUACAUCUUCGGUGCUAGUACAACUGACAAAGAUAAUUUAGUGCUGGAAGAAAAAACCUUGGCUUUAAAAUUAGCGCUUCAGCCAUGGACAUUUGUUAGCCCUGCUGUAAACCUUACCUACGAUGAAUGGAAGAAGUUCUACAAAAUGACAAGUGCUGGAGAAGUUAAGGCACUGCCUCCAAAUGUCCAUAUUCUAACUCUGGAACCCUGGAAAGAAGGUACCAUUUUGUUGAGGCUGGAACAUUUGUUCGAAGUUAAUGAAGCUCAACAGCUGUCUCAGCCUGUCACAUUGAAUAUUACGGACAUACUCCCAUGGUUUACGGUGACAUCAGUACACGAGACAACUCUAGGUGCAAACCAGUGGCUAGAAGAUGAACAGCGUCUAAAAUGGGAAUCUGAAGCAAAUGAUGCGUACAGAAAUGAUCUGAAUACCAAUCCGCAGAGAGUACCAGAAGAUGGUACUACUAUUACUCUGAAACCAAUGGAGAUACGUACUUUCAUUGUAGAAAUAAAGCAAUAGGACAUUACAUUUGUUAUGUAAUUUUACUUUCUAUAUAAACGCAUUGUUUUAAGCGA